UCCAAUCAAGUGGAAAUUGGAAUCCAAAUUUUAAUAUUCCAAACCCAAUCUUAAUCUCCUCUUUGGGGUCAACGAACCUGAUUCAGAUGAAAAAUCCUAACCAGUAACCACAAUCCCUCUCUCUCCACAAUCCUAAACAUGUUCAAUCAAUACCUACUAAUCGUCGUGCUACUAUUCCUCGCCGCCCCAAUCCACUGCCGGAGGCCUCACGUCAUCAAUUUCCGAUGGCCGAACCUCUAUCCGGAAUCCUUCGCCUGGGAUCCCAAAUCUGACCACUUCGUCGUCGGCUCCCUCCGCCACCGCCAGAUCAUCUCCGUCUCCGAUGCCGGCAUCGCCUCCUCCCUCCUCUCCGACGAUUCACUCCCCCACGACUCCUUCUUCGCCGCCAUCUCGCUCGAUCCCCGCCAUCACCGCCUCCUCGCCGUCGUCCGCCGCGUUUCCCCUCCCUUCUCCGCUCUAGCCAGCUACGACAUCCGCACCUCCCGCCAGCUCUUCCUCGCCCCGCUCGACGACCUCCUCCCCUCCGCCGUCGCCGCCAACCACGUCGCCGCCGAUUACUCCGGCAACGCCUACGUCACCGAUUCGGCGAACAACGUCAUCUUCAAAGUCACCGAGCAAGGCGAGGCGUCGAUACUCUCCGCAUCCAAACUAUUCAAACCCGACGCCGGCCGAGACUGCGGACUCAAUGGCGUCGUUUACAGCACCAAAGGCUAUCUGUUGGUGACUCAGUCAAACACAGGGAAGCUGUUCAAAGUCUUCACCGACGACGGUUCCGCAAGGCGCGUGAUUCUCAACAAGCACCUGACGGUGCCCGACGGCAUCGCCGUUAGAAGAGACGGCGUCGUUUUGGUCGUGUCGAAGCAUAAGCUGUAUUUCAUCAAGAGCGACGACAGCUGGAGCCAGGGAGCGGUGUUUGACGAAACUGCCCUCGAUGAGGAGAAGCACGCCAGUGCUGUGGCGGUCGGGGCGGAUAGUAGGGUAUACGUGUUAUAUGGGAAUGUUGACGAGGGCAUGAUGGGGAAAGACGAGUUUAGCAUAGUGGAAGUGGAAUCCGAAGCAGAGGGUAAAGAGGAGAAUGUGUGGAUUUUCGUAUUGCUUGGUUUGGGAUUUGCUUAUUUCUUGUUUUGGAGAUUCCAAAUGCGCCAGCUUGUGCACAAUAUGGACAAGAAACAUGCUUGAUUUUUUUUUCUCUUUCUUUAAUUUUGAUCGACUAAUAGUUGAUUUUGUUUUUAUACAAAGAUUUAGCUAAGUUAAAUGUGUUUUCUUCAUAGUCUUUA